UCAGCUGGCAUGGCGGCCCAGGCAGCGGGCGUGCGCAGGCAGCGGGCAGCUGCUGAGGGGCUCGGCUCCCACCAGAACGUGGUGAAGUACAUGGGCCAGGACUUUGAGGCUCUGAGGCGGCAGUGCUUGGACUCCGGGGUGCUGUUUAAGGAUCCGGAGUUCCCAGCAUGUCCAUCGGCGCUGGGCUACAAGGAUCUGGGCCCUGGCUCCCCCCAGACUCAAGGCGUCGUGUGGAGGCGGCCCACGGAGCUGUGUCCCAGUCCGCAGUUCAUUGUUGGUGGAGCCACACGCACAGAUGUCUGCCAGGGCGACCUUGGUGACUGCUGGCUCCUGGCGGCCAUCGCCUCCCUGACCCUGAACGAGAAGCUGCUGUCCCGCGUGGUGCCCGGGGACCAGAGCUUCCAGGAGAACUACGCAGGCAUCUUCCGUUUCCAGUUCUGGCAGUAUGGCGAGUGGGUGGAGGUGGUGGUGGACGACAGGCUGCCCACCAAGGACGGGGAGCUGCUGUUCCUGCACUCGGCCGAGGGCACCGAGUUCUGGAGUGCGCUGCUGGAGAAGGCCUACGCCAAGCUCAACGGGUCCUAUGAGGCUCUGGCUGGCGGCUCCACGGUGGAGGGGUUCGAGGACUUCACGGGUGGCAUCUUGGAGUUUUACGACCUGCGGAAGCCCCCGGCCAAUCUGUACCGCCUCAUCCAGAAGGCCCUGCGUGCGGGGUCUCUGCUGGGCUGCUCCAUUGACGUCUCCAGCGCAGCCGAAGCUGAAGCCGUCACCCGCCAGAAGCUGGUCAAGAGCCACGCGUACUCUGUCACUGGGGUUGAAGAGGUGGAUGUUGGGGGCCGCCCGGAGCAGCUGAUCCGACUGCGGAACCCGUGGGGCGAGGUGGAGUGGACGGGAGCCUGGAGUGACGAUGCUCCAGAGUGGAGCCGCAUUGACCCCAGGCGGAGGCAGGAGCUGGACAACAAGGCGGAGGACGGCGAGUUCUGGAUGUCCUUUCCGGACUUCCUGGUGCAGUUCUCGCGCCUGGAGAUCUGCAACCUGUCCCCGGACUCCCUGAGCAGUGAGGAAGCUCACAAGUGGAGCCUGGUGCUGUUCCAGGGGCGCUGGGCACGGGGCGCCACCGCCGGGGGCUGCCAGAACUACCCGGCCACCUACUGGACGAAUCCUCAGUUCAAGAUCCACCUGGACGAGGCGGAUGAGGACCAGGAGGAGGGCGUGGGGGAGCCUUGCUGCACGGUGCUCCUGGGACUGAUGCAGAAGGACCGGCGGAGGCGGCGCCGGCUGGGUCAGGGCCUGUUGAGCAUCGGCUUUGCAGUCUACCAGGUCCCCGAGGAGCUGGCGGGCCACACAGAUGCACACCUGGGCCGAGACUUCUUCCGUGGCCACCAGCCGGCCGCGUGCUCAGACACCCACAUCAGCCUGCGAGAAGUGUGGGGCCGUGUGCGGCUGCCACCUGGCGAGUACCUGCUGGUGCCGUCCACCUUUGAGCCCUUCAAGGACAGUGACUUCUGCCUGCGCGUGUUCUCCGAGAAGAAGGCCCGAGGCCUGGAAAUCGAGGAUGUCGUGGCAGGAAACCCGUGCGAGCUGCGUCCUGCUGAGGUGGAGCACGGGCACCAGGAGCUCUGCAGUCUGUGUGAGGAGCUCUCGGGGAAGGGUUCCGAGAUCGGUGCCGACAAGCUCAAGCAGGUUCUGGAUGGGGUGUUUUCCAGACGAACAGACAUAAAGUUCGAUGGUUUCAGCAUCCACACUUGCCGGGAAGUGAUCAGCUUGCUGGACAGCUCUGGCACCGGUACCCUGGGACCCACUGAGCUCAGAGCGCUCUGCCUGAAGGUCCGGAAGUACCUGGAGAUCUACCAGGAGAUGGAUCCCAGCCACCUGGGGACCGUGGAUGCCCACGAGAUGAGGACAGCCCUCAGGAGGGCGGGGUUCAGCGUCAGCACCCAGGUGCAGCACACCAUCGCCACUCGCUACGCCGGCCGCACGCUCUGCCUCGACUUCGACGGCUUCGUGGCCUGCAUGGUCCGGCUGGAGAGCCUCUUCCAACUGUUCCGGGUCUUGGACCGGAACCGGACGGGUGUCAUCCAGCUCUCCCUGGCUGAGGUCAGUGGCUGGAGGUUGGAGUCUGUCCACGACACAGCCCUGUUCUCUACGCCACAUUUCCGUGGUGCCCCGGCUCGGGAGGCAGCGGGUGGUUAAGGACUCCUGGCCCCCGAGGUUGAGCAAGUCCUGCCCAGGUUUCGGAGACCUGGGAACGCAGUGAGACGGGAGGGCGGGGUCCCGGUCGGUCCCAGAGCUUGGGCUCAGCCGUCUUCUCCCCCUGUCCCGCAGUGGCUGGGCUGUGUGCUGGUCUGAGCGGCGUAUUCUCCCGCCCUCCGCCCUCCCUCCUGCGGUUCUCUGGAUGCUCAGCCUCGGGGCCUUUGCUGGCUUCUCCAGUGGCUCUGCCAAGUCACUGCGCCCUGGGGCGCUGGCCUGGCUGCAGCCUUGCUGGGUGCAGCCCGAGGGGAGGACAGGCAAUUAAAGCUGUGGCUGGA